AAUAAUAAUGGCGGCGAACCGAGCCAUGUUUCUGUGGUGGGGUUCGGGUUCGUGCCCCUCGUGGAAGCCCAUGUUGGUCCUCGGAGAGAAGGGGCUGUGGGAGGGGCUGCCCAAUAAGCAGAUCUCCUUCGACAAGAACGAGCAGAGAGGGGCGGACAUCAUGGCCGUGAAUCAGCGCGGGCAGGUGCCGACGUUCAAGGACGGCUCCCUGGUCGUGAACGAGUCGAACGCAAUAUGCAUGUACCUCGAGGAGAAGUACAGUAACGACAGCAACCGGCUACUCCCGGCCAGCGUCGAAGAGCGCUCGCAGGUCUAUUGGCGCAUGUUUGAGGCCGAUAAUUUGCUUUCCAGCUAUUGCUUGGCAAUCUCUUGUUAUUACUGUUUUCUUUGUCUAAAGCCGUUGAUCUAUGAGCGCUGGCUCAUGUCCGCAGACGACUGGAACAAAAUAGACGUCACCGCAAGGGUGAACAGGGCCAAAACGGAGCUUGGGUACUGGGAGAGGACUCUGACCGGAAGGAGGUACCUUGUCGGCGACAAGUUCACUAUGGCUGACGUCUGCUGCUUCCCGUUCGUUGCUUUCAUAGUGAGGCUGGGAGCCAAACUGGACGAGUUUCCGGCGCUACGCGGUUACUACGAGUUCUUAGUUAAUCGACCGUCGGCUCAGCAAACAUGGCCCCCGCAUUGGAAGGAGGGACCGUGCGGUGAUACGCAUUUUAUGGAGGGAUUAUAAACUGAUGGAUUUAAUCGUUGCGUUCGUUGAAUAGUGUAUACAUGUUUCUGCUGUUAACAAUAUGUUUGUCUGUGAUUAUUGAUAAACUACCGAACAAUUAAUUUAAGCGAACCAAAGCAAUAAACUCACGAAAAUGCUGUUUCCAAGAAAACAAUUAUGAAGUAGAAAUGACAUGUCAAAACAAUAACAACAACAUGAAACGUACGGUGUAAUUUUCCUGGAAUUUUCCAUAUUUUCUUACAUGUUAUUGUAAAUUUUAAAUCAUUCUGAAUCAUCAUUAUGUAAUAAAAAUAAUAAUUACUA